AGUGCCACCCAAAACUGUCUCCACCGCGCUCCGACACUCUCCCACCAUGCACACACACGCACAGACAUCUUUAAAUAAUACACGAACCUGCAGCAACAACGCCGCUGCAAUGGGCCUCCUGCGCGAUCCCGUCGCGACGCGCUCGCACAACUCCUGGAGGAACAUCGCCACGUCCUACGGCCGAUUCUGCGUGUAGAAGCGCACCGAGGAAGGCCUGAGUAAAAACACGAAGCUGCGCCACCGUUGGUUCUACGUCGCGGAAGACCUCUUUCCAUUUCGUAUUAUCUACCCCACUCACUCCAGCGACUUUAACGAUGCCCCUUCGCCUUCAUCGGCAGCAGCAGCAGCAGCAGCAGCAGCCUCUCCUUCCUCCUCUUCGCCGGCCGGCGGCACGUCCUCGCUGUACCCCCGCAAUGCCGUGGAGCGACGCAGCAGCAGCAACCCGAAGCGCAGAACGAGUGGGAACGGCGCGGUGCAUGCGUCGUCCCCUGCGGGGGGUGCUACGGCCACCUUCGCGGCCUCUUCCACCUCCACUUCUUCUUCGCCUGAUCGCAAGGAAGGCAUCGUGGACUCACUGCUCAACUGGUGGUCGCGGGGUGAGGACGGCAGUGAGCGAUCCGACGGCACGACCGCCACGAACUUCUUCUUCUUCUCCCCUUUCGGCAGCUCCUCCGCCGGACCGAUGGAGCGCUUCACGGUGGCCACGUCGUCGCAGCUGAGCGGCAUUUUGGAGGUGUGGGGGCUGCUGCUGGAGGCGUGGGAGUCCGAAGAGGCGGAGCUCAACAUCUUAUCCAACGGCUCCCCCACCUUGGCCUCCCCUACGGUCUUACGUGCCCGUGGCGGCGACGGCGGCGCGGCCGCUGCGGCGGUGCCUUUCCUCGAACGCUGGCGUCGCACCUACGGCCGCGUUGCGGUGUUGUGCGCGGAGCAAGGUAUUGAACAACGCACCACCGCGACGACGACAACGAUGAGCCGCGACGCAUCCAUACCGACAUCGCCGUCGUUAGACGACAGCGUCUUGUUAAACAGGUCCGCCGCCGCGCCGUCCUCGCUAAGCGUAAGCCUGUCUGCCCCGCACUCGCGCAGGGCCGGCGAUGUGACGCCGGAGCAUUCCAGCGCGCGGUCCGUUGCCAGCCGCCGGCACGUCCGCAUCAGCGACGAGUACUAUCACCCCUCCGACAGCCCGGAGACCACCGUCAUUGCGCACUUCUUUGACGUGCUACUAAUGCGGGUGGUGGAUCUGUUGAUGUGGCGCGAUCCGCAGCUGACGGCGUGCUGCCUUGGCAUUCUCGUGGUGGUCUACGGAUACGCUGCGUGGGCCAGUGCGCUGUGCUACUUGGCGGGGGAGACGCUGUCUUCGACCCUGCAGUACUGCGCCGCCCGGCAUCCACACCCCCAGCAUUCGACUUCUGCCUUUUACUGGUUUGCCGGAGAGAGCGGGUGGGUGUCAGCGGAGCGCGUGUGGUGGGGCGCGCCGUUGUUUAUGAUCAGUGUGCUGGCCUACCCGUGGACGACGGAGCAGCAAGGCCGCGUCAUUACCCUGACCGACCGCGAGCACCUGCGCUCGAUCGAUCACGCGCUUCGCUGGCUCAGCGCGACAGAGAACGCGGAGGACGGCGCGACCGUCACCGCGCCCCCGGAAGGCCACGGCGACGUGGAUGCAAAGGCCUUAGCGAGCGCGGUGCUCAUGGAGGUGGCGACGUGUGUGGGCACGGCGCUGCGGACAAACCGGCUCCCCAUCGGCCCCCUUCUACUUUUCAACGUUAUCGGUGCGUUUUCGUCGUGGGAGGCGAUUCUAGUGUUGUUUCUGUGGCCGAUGCUGAUCGUGGGUGUCUGCCUCGCCGGCGUUGUCGUCGUGGCGCAGUGCCUCGAGAACCAGUGA